GUAGUUCCACGUUCACGUCGACGCUAAAGACGCACAGACCGACAAAAUGGCUUCAGGAGGACCGUCGUUUUUGUUACUGUCAAUGGUUCCAACAAUAUUGCUAUUAUGUAUUGAUUUUGCGUGUUGCAACACUGGCAGAAGGACUAGUGAUGGGCUGGACACAGAUUUCACUGGAUUCUCUGUGCCUCUUGAACAUUCCUUUGAAGUUGAUGACGUGUCUCAGUUCCGUGUGCGUGGAGCCCUCCAGUUGAGGGGGGGGAGGGAGACAAGCGUGUCCCUCUCUCAGAAUCAACUAUCAGAGGAGGACAGGAGCACACUAAAGGAAGUGGCUGCGGUAGAUGGUCUCUACAGAAUCCGAGUGCCCAGAGUGUCUUUGUCGGCAGAUCGACAGAGCGAUCGGCCGAUGGACGGCUUCCUGACAGCCUUUGUCAGAGCAUGCUCUCUGGUUGAGUCCCAUCUCAGCGACGUCAUCACCCUCCACACCGAUGUCUCUGGCUUUCUCAUCGGCGUCUCCAUUGUGACCAUUCCAGGCGCUUGUCGAGGGACAGAGGUUGAGGACGAGGUCGACCUGGAGGCUUUUAACACCACUCUGAACGUCAUAGCUCCUACGAAUGCGCCCCAGCCAGAGACCGCUCUGUUUAUUGAGCGCAUGGACAUGGAAAACGAAAAGAGAGGGAAGCCACAGGAGCAGAAAUCCUUCUUUGCCAAAUAUUGGUAUUUGAUUCUUGGAGGCGCAAUCUUCCUCAUGGCCAGCAGUUCGGCACAAGCCCCAGCAGGGGGAGCCGAAGAGCAGCAGAGCUGAUUCCAACUCAAUGGAUGUACAUUGUUCCCCUCGUUCUCUUCUUGAUGAUGUCAGGAGCACAGGAUCAGUCCGGGGGCGGAGCCGGUGGAGGAGGGGCCAAUGGAGGUCGAUGAUCGCCAUGACAACAUGAUUUAUGUGGAGCAGUUUCUUUAGUUGUACAUAGUUAUGUAGAGAAAUGCACUCAGCACACUGUAACACAGACUACUAUGGACAGGUGAUCUAACUUCAAAUGUUUGUCAGGGCUGCAGUUUUUAAUAUUGAUGUGAUGGGAGAAAUAAAGUAUUUAUUACUACCUGA